CUGGUUCAUUCAUGGUCGCGAAGCUCUGACGAAAAUACUACGCUGUGUUUAGCAAAGGGAGAAUUUAAUACAACAUGCCGAAAUCUAAAGGAACUUCAGAGAAUGAUGCUGAACUGAUGCAUCCAUUGAACCAGGAAGUCAUCAUAGAACAGGAAAUUCUUGACCAUGAAAGACCAGCUUGGGGAAGUAAAUUUCAAUAUUUUGGAAUGGUUAUAUCUACUGCUGUGGGACUUGGUAACGUGUGGAGGUUCCCUUAUUUAUGCCAGCAGCAUGGAGGAGGUGCGUUUCUUAUUCCCUACCUCAUCAUGUUGUUUGUGGAAGGAAUGCCAUUACUUUAUUUGGAAUUUGCUGCAGGACAACAUUUCCGCAAAGGAAGUAUGGGCACAUGGAACUUGGUCCACCCCAUGCUGGGAGGGGUGGGUGUGGCCAGUGCUGUGACCUCCUUCAUUGUGGGGGUGUACUAUAAUGCCAUAAUCAUGUGGUGCCUUUUUUAUCUGGUGCAUUCCUUUACGGGGACACUGCCAUGGUCUUCGUGUCCUAUGGAACCCAAGGGUAAUAUAACAGUACCUGUACUAGAGUGCGAUGUUAGUGGACCGACUUCCUAUUUUUGGUAUCGUAAUGCUCUAGAGGUUUCCCCAAGCAUUGAGGAGACCCAGGGACUUAAAUGGAAGAUGCUCCUUUGUCUGAUCUUUGCCUGGUGUGUGGUGUAUGCUUGUAUUUGGAAGGGAAUCAAAUCUUCUGGAAAGGUUGUUUAUGUAACGGCUUCUUUUCCCUACAUUGUGCUGUUCAUCUUUUUGGGUCGUGGAGUCACACUAAGGGGUGCUGGGGCUGGCCUUGCCCACAUGUUUACACCACGGCUUGACCGUUUGGAGGAUCCACAGGUUUGGCUGGAUGCGGCCACUCAGAUCUUCUAUUCCUUUGGACUGGGCUUUGGAGGAAUGAUUGGCUUCUCCAGUUACAACCCAAAGAAAAAUAACUGUGAAAAAGAUGCCAUUAUUGUGUCCAUUGUCAACUGGUUUACAGCCAUUCUGGCCUCCGUGGUCAUCUUCUCAGUGUUGGGGUUCAAGGCCUCUGUAAUGUACGACAAAUGUAUUUUGAGGAAUAUAGAGACCAUCUCUAACUUGUACCCAGAAUGGAACACCACAACAUUGACUGAAGAAAUCUACCUCCAUGAAUUCCAGGCUAACAAAACCGUGAUGUCAGCUUUAAAUCUUACAGAUUGUAGUCUCAAAGAUGAUCUUGAUAACGCUGCACAAGGAACAGGAUUGGCCUUCAUUGUAUUUACAGAGGCUAUCAAUGAGUUUGGGUCAUCUGCUCCUUUCUGGUCCAUCAUUUUUUUCCUCAUGCUUCUCUCCCUUGGAUUUGGCAGUGAAUUUGGUACACUAGAGGGCGUUACUGCAUCUCUGUAUGAUUUAAAGCAUCCAAUUUUCAGGAAGAAAUGGCUGGUUUCUGGGACACUAUGCUUGGUCAGUAUGCUGAUCGGGAUCUUGUUUGUUUUGGGGAGCGGAUCCUACUGGGUGGGAUUGUUUGACUCCUUUGGUGGGUCCUUCCCAUUGAUCACUGUAGCUCUGGUGGAAAGCUUUGGAAUUGGCUGGGUGUAUGGAGUUGACAAUUUUGCUCGAGAUAUAAAAGAGAUGAUUGGUCAUGAACCACACCCUUACUGGAAGAUUAUGUGGAAGUUUAUUGCCCCACUUUUCAUUGCAGUCCUUUUAGCAGCCACACUAAUCAGCAAAUUUAUAAAACCAAUCACUUACAGUGUCUACAGUUAUACAGAGUAUAUCAUGGUUCCUGAGACGUAUCCAUGGUGGGGCGGAGCAACAGCUGCUUUCCUAGUCCUUUCCUCGGUUCUAUGCAUUCCAGGGGUCGCCCUUGCAAGAAAACUGGGAUUCUUCAAGUUUGAAGGACCUACCUCUAAGAAUAUUGUUAUAGAAACAGGUGGCUAUACUCAGUCCACAGCUGCAUUCUUAAAACCUGAUAAUGAUUCGGGUCAUAAUUCUGAUGAGAUCAAUGAUGAGUAUGUUACUCGAGAUCGAGACACAAGUUGUGCCAUACCAGAGAGACCCGAGAAAGUCAACUUCGAUGACAUUUUAGAUAAAGCGGAGAGUAAACUAUGAAGAUAGACGUUAGUUCUUCUGUUUCGGGGGUUUUCUUUAUUGCAUUUCAAGAGGGUUUUUUUGCUUGUUUUUAUUUAUCCAAAGAGUGUUUGCUUGCUUAUUUGUUUUUUCCAUUAGAUCAUUGUUAGAGAAUGGGUAAAAAAAAUUGUUCAAAGUUAAAUCUUUAGAAGUACAUACACAUGGUAGUAAUGGUUGGCUUUUUUUCCAAUUUUUUUUUUUUUUUUGAGCUUAAGCUUAAUUUUAACAGAAUACCAUGUUUGUUUUUACCUGUAAGUGAGAUUCAGGAAAGUAGUGUGUUGGUCCUACUGUCUUAUAUGUGUUCAUCUAGAGAUUUUUUAUCAUUUUCUUACCAUGAAACACUAAAAUUCUAUGGUGGAUUGUAGUGGAGUUGAAAGAGAAAAUGAACACAGCUUAGGGUUUAUUCAUAUGUUUACUUGCUGUGUGUAUCUAUAUAGUUGCAAAAUUUGUAACUAUUGUUUUACAGUAUUUUUUUAAAUAAGUGCCCGUUUUAUCCCCUUUUUCCUUCACUGGCCUCUGGUUCAUGCAUUGUCAAAGUAUGGGAACCUUUCAGUUAUAAUCACUAGUGUCUGGUGAACUUUUACAUGAUGCACCUGUAUUACCUCUCUAAUUUACCUUUUUACCUUUGAAUAUUUCAAAAGAGUAUACUUGGUCCUUUUCAAAUUCAGUUUUAAAAUUAUUUUGAUCAUCUUUCAAAUAUAAUAAAAACAAGGGUUAAAUGAUAGCAAAGGUAGACCGUUUGUGGCACUUAGUCUUACUGUUUUCAGUUUUUUCUCUUUAGGUUGCUAGCAAAUUGUGGAUACAUGCAGGGAUAUGUAAUUAUGUAUAUCUUUCUUAUCAGUAUCCUUGGCAAAGUCUAGUCAGAUAAUUCUACAAGAAUCACUGUUUUGAUUCUGUGUGACAAUCAUUUUUAAGUUAAUUAAUUUGGCUUUAGUGGGUUUUUUUUAAUAACUGAAAUAUUCACUUUAUGAUCAAACCAUGACUUCCAAGGUGCCAAAUUUUUUCAUUUAAUUUAUUAUUGAUUGUGUAAAACUUUCAUUAAACAGUACUGUAUUAAAGUCAAAAUAUAAUAUUGAUUGAGAAUCCAACACAAAGUAACUUUGCUGUUCAUGUAACUAUUUAUACUUUUUAUACAUACAUUAUGUUGAGUUGAGAGGGUAUUAUUUAUAACAUGCACAGCAUUGCUUCAACCUGAUAAUGCUGACAGUAUUCCACCAUGAGGAAAUCUUAGGCAGCUGUAUACAUGUAUAAUUAUAAGGUGAAGUAUUCCCUAGCCAUGUUUACCAAUUUAUAGUCUCUACAACAUAAGAUAGUUUGUACUCUCAAAAUCCUCAGAGAUUACAAGAGAAAAGAGCUUAUACACAAAAGAGCUUUGCUUUUGUUGUACCUUACAGGUCAUUGGUUCAAAUCUUAAAAACUGCUGUCAGAGUGAAUUUGCAGUCAUUGAAGUUUGUUGUCUAUAUUCAUACAGCACCAUGCAGCUCUUUCUCUAGGAAAUGAAUUCUGUGUGGUCCUUAGCAUUUAUUUUCAGCAUGAUGUUUUAAGGUACCAUAUAUUUCACUGAAGUAUAUAAUUUUUUAAAGAUAUUACAGGUACUUAUUUAUAUGUUUUACAAGAAUUCUUGGACACCCAUUGAAAAUUUUUACUUGAAUUUUAGUUUUAAAACUACUUCAUAUUUUUGGCUUAAUGUUUUAGCACUUUAAUUU